AUGAAGGUGGCUGGUAAGAUGAGGAAAGAGGUUUUCUUCUUGUGGUGGUGGUUUAGAGUGGCUGUACAGCUCUGCUUCUUUCUCGGUGUCUAUUCUGAGAAGACCUCAUUCAGAAGUGGUUUAAGGGGGACCAACAGCCUAGGAUUUGUUCCUUCUCCAGUCAAACUGAAUACCGAAAAUCCUAAGCAGGUGGUGAUUGAUAACGGCAUCGUUUCCAUCAACUUGGCAAAUCCCGAGGGCUAUAUCCUUGGAAUAUCAUAUAAUGGAAUUGAAAAUGUGCUUGACGCUCGGAAUGAAGACAACGAUAGAGGGUACAUGGACGUCGUUUGGAAGGGACCAGGACAAUCUGGCGGUUUUCAGAGAAUCCGCGGGACAAGUUUCUCAGUAAUGGCAGCCACCGAGAAUAUAGUAGAGGUUUCAUUUUUAAGAACAUGGACAUCUUCUAUGCGAGGCUCAAGUGUCCCUAUAAACAUAGACAAAAGGUAUAUAUUGCGAAGGGGCGAUUCCGGGUUUUACUCAUACGUAAUAUUUGAGCGACCAGAAGGAUUACCUGCAGUUGGGGUUGAUCAAAUUAGAUUGGUAUUCAAGCUCAACAGAGACAGGUUCAACUAUAUGGCUAUAUCAGAUACUAGGCAAAGGAGAAUGCCAUCGAUGAGAGAUAGAGAAACAGGUCAAAGGCUGGCUUAUCCUGAAGCUGUUCUCUUAACCCAUCCAUCUAACCCACAAUUUAGGGGAGAGGUGGAUGACAAAUACCAAUACUCUACUGAGAACACAGACUGCAAAGUUCAUGGCUGGAUAACGGCAGAUUCUGAAGCACCCGUGGGUUUCUGGAUGAUAACACCCAGUAACGAGUUCCAAAAUGCUGGGCCCAUUAAGCAAGAUCUCACCUCUCAUGUUGGCCCCACUACCCUCUCCAUGUUUGUGAGCACCCACUAUGCUGGCAAAGGGGUAAACAUGAAAUUUCAACAAGGCGAGACAUAUAAAAAAGUUUUCGGCCCUGUUUUUGUCUACCUCAACUCUGCUCCAAAUAAUGUUCGUUUACAAACUCUGUGGUCAGAUGCGGUGCGACAGCUAUCUAAUGAAGUCAAAAGCUGGCCUUAUGACUUCCCUCGUUCAAAAGAUUUCCUUCCACGCAAUCAACGAGGAACAGUAUCAGGACGGUUACAAGUCCAAGAUGGGUAUAUAGGAAAGAGAUCUCAAAAUGCUAUCAAUGCUUACAUUGGUCUAGCUUUGCCUGGAAAUGCUGGAUCAUGGCAGAAAGAAAGCAAGGGUUACCAAUUCUGGACCCGAACAGACAGCAAUGGAUACUUCGUAAUAAAAAAUAUAGUACCUGGGGUUUACAACUUGUAUGGGUGGGUUCCUGGCUUUAUUGGAGAUUACAAAUACUAUGCUCAAAUCACCAUCACACCUGGAUGUACCAUCAAAUUGGAUUCACUUGUUUAUAGUCCUCCAAGAAAUGGUCCUACUCUUUGGGAAAUUGGCUUCCCAGAUCGCUCGGCUGCAGAAUUCCAUGUCCCAGAUCCUUACCCUACCCUCAUGAACUAUUUAUACAAGAAUGAUGACAGAGACAAGUUCAGGCAAUACGGAUUGUGGGAACGUUACGCUGAUUUAUAUCCAAAUCAUGAUCUCGUUUACACGGUUGGUGUUAACAACUAUAAAAAGGAUUGGUUUUUUGCUCAUGUUCCCAGGAGCUUGGAAAAUAAUACAUACCAGCCAACCAUAUGGCAGAUUAGAUUUGAACUUCAAAAUAACAUACUGAGGGGAACCUACACACUACAACUGGCCCUGGCAUCCUCCUCUAAUGCUGAAGUACAGGUUAGGUUCAAUGACCCGAGUGCUAAUCCACCCCACUUCACAACAGGGCUAAUAGGCGAUGACAAUGCCAUAGCAAGGCACGGCAUCCAUGGAUUGCAUAGGCUGUAUAGCAUAAGUAUAGCUAGUGAUCAUUUGGUUCAAGGAAAGAACACAAUCUAUUUGAGGCAACCAAGAGCCAGAGAAGCUUUCCAAGGAGUUAUGUAUGAUUAUAUUCGCUUAGAAAGCCCUCCAACUCCAGCUAAUUGA